ACGCAAUCGAUUUGCCAAUUUUUUCAAUGUGAAUGUGUAAUGUGAUGCCGGCUUUAACUUAUUAUUAUCCAAAAAAUGUAAAAUAUUACAUGUAUUUGUUAUUGUAAGGCUAUAGAAAAUUGCCGCAAUGUCUUUUGCAAUACUCUGCUCACUGGUUAUAACUUUUUAUGUUGUCAUUUGGUUCUUUGACUCCUUUUUCAAGAGUUGUAUGCAUUAUCCGUAUUAUGCAUUCUUGGAAGGGACUGGUUUAAAGAUAGGAAUACUAAACUUCACAUGGACAACAACGGCUUUCAACAGGUUUUUAUAUCGUUGGAGUAAAAAUUUAACUCGUAUCCUUCGUAAAUGGUAUACGUGUGGGUACAUUUUCACCAUCUGGAUAUUCCUACCAUUCGCUAUAUGGACCUUGCUAACAUUCAUAUUCGAGCAUUUUUAUGAGACCAUUCAAAUCAGCAAUGUACCUGAAAUCAAGGCCAUGCUGCCUGGUGUAAACAUUCCGGCGUCAGAUUUCUGGGUGUACUUUCUAGCUAUAGGAUUUAGUACUGUAUUUCAUGAAUUGGGCCAUGCACUGGCUGCAGCUCAAGAAGAUGUGCAACUUAUAUCUGUAGGUGUAUAUGUAUUUACUAUAAUACCAAUAGCAUUUGUCCAAAUGAAUUCUGAUCAUUUGAACACCUUAUCUGUUACCAAAAGAUUGAAAAUAUUCUGUGCAGGUAUAUGGCACAAUGUUGCUACUGCAUUUGUGGCCUUACUGUUGUUCUUCUCAGCUCCCAUUUUAUUUAACAUAGCUUAUGAAACAGAGAUUGGUGUUCAGAUAACAGGCUUUACUGAUGAUUCACCUUUAAGAGAUACAAGAGGUUUGAUACAAGGUGAUGUUGUCAAUUCAAUAAAUAAUUGUGAAAUAAAAAAUGCCAAUGAUUGGAUCUACUGUCUCCACAUGGCCCAUGAUCGGUAUGGUAUCUGCACUAGUGCAGAAUUUGUGUCUCAAAAUGAUGAAAUUAUGAUGGAAACCAUAAGGGAAAAUGAUGUAGUUGAAUGUUGCCGUAAAGAUGAUUUAUACAGUUUCUGUUUUGAAUAUUUGGAGCCAAAAGUAGUAGCUGACUCAGUGUUGCCAGGUCAGUACUCGUGCUUGAAACCCAGAGAUAUGAUCAAAGAGAAGUUUACAAAGUGUACUGAAUCUGGUGGCUUCUCUUGUCCGAGAGGCAUGCACUGCUUGAGGCCAUCAUUGAACAAUCACACAUAUUUAAUAGUCAUUGAAAGGAAGGACAAACAUACUGUCCUAUAUUUAGGGUUGCCCUAUGAUUUACAUAAGACAGUGUUCAUUGACCAGUAUUUUCCAAGAAUGGCACUAUUCUCUUUCUUCUCUCCCUCUCAGUUUGAGAAACUGCUGAGUAUAAGUGAUUGA